AUGACGCGGAACCAGCACUAUGAAGAUGAUACUGCACCAACUCAAUGUCUCCCUGAUGCUUUUCCAUUUUCUUUAAAGUAUAGUUUUUUCUGUACCUGUCUUCCGCUAGAAGAAGCCCUCACAACUGUGCCUCCUAAACCAACGCCACCAGUACAACAGCCACCAUGGUAUGUUCGUAACUUUUUCGGUAAACGCAAAACUGCCGCGGCUGAUGCAAGACACACAGAUGAUAGCGUCACUCCUAAUGCUUCUAUGCCAUCUGAUGCUCUCGGAAUUAAUGAAUUAAACCGAAAUAAUGCACUAGCAUUUGAUGAUUCUUUGAUAGUGUUUGUUUUGGGUGGUCCUGGUUCAGGAAAAGGCACUCAGUGUGAACAACUUGAGCAGAUGUAUGGUCUAGUUCAUAUUUCAACCGGUGAUUUGUUACGACAAGAAGUGGCAAAUGACACGGAAAUUGGUCAAGAGAUAAAAAAUGCUAUGGAGGAAGGAAAAAUGGUUUCCAAUGAUGUAACAACAAAAUUAUUAUCACAAGCAAUGGAAGCUGCAGGUCACGAUGUCUCUGGAUUUCUAAUUGAUGGUUUUCCCAGAACAAUGGAUCAAGCCAUAGAAUUCGAAAAUAAUAUUGGUAGUUGCACAUUUGUGUUGUACUAUGAGUGUCCCACGCAAGUUCUCGUAGAUCGUCUAGUUAAGCGUGGAGAGACGAGUGGUCGAAUGGAUGAUAAUCUAACAAGUAUUGAAAAACGUAUUCAAGUUUUUGAGAAAACCAGCUUGCCGGUAAUUGAAUAUUAUCUGACGGAUGGACGAGUUCAAAAAGUAAAUGGAGAUGCAUCGGUUGAAGAAGUAACCGCACAAACGUGCUCAAUUUUCGAUUGGGUAUUCAAUGGUGGAGUUGAUACAUACGUCGAUGAAAGUACACAAAACGUCGAGGUCGCUUAA